AUGAAGUUGUGCGUAACUGACUACAACUAUUUGGCAAGUCCCGAUUUCAACACUCUCUCACUCCAUCUUGUGACAUGUAUCAGCUUACCACUCCAUUCUGUGGGAUUCUACUGUAUUCUUUACAAGACCCCACCUCGAAUGAAUUCUAUGAAAUGGCUUCUCAUCAAUCUUCACUUUUGGUGCUUCCUCUUUGACAUUAUCCUUUCCAUCUUCGCUAUUCCGUACCCUUUGUUUCCUGCAAUGGCUGGAUACGGAUUAGUCGACAUGAUAAUUCCAGGCUAUUCGAUUAUGAUUGCAGAGACAGUGCCUAGUGUACAAGUAGCUACUCUAUUCGUUCUCAGUGUCUAUAACUUGGUAUUCUCAAAAUCUACCGUAAAUCUCUCAGAGAGAACGGUGAAGCUACAGAGGCAGUUGGCUCUAGCAAUAUUCAUACAAUGUUUUUUCAUUCUUGUGUUGAUGGCUAUCUGUUGUCAGUUUGACACCUCUAGAAUUCAACCUGCCAACUUAACGGCCCCAUAA